CUAGCAAAAGGUUUUUCUAUUAAUGUAUUUCAUAUAUAAUUGGCAGGUAAUACUGCUACUGAAAACAUAAGAUUAUUUCUCCAUAAUAAAAUCACUUUUAAUUUAACUUUCUGCAUGGAAGACAAUGGAAAGCAGUACUUGCCCCAGGUCCUCUGUUAGGUUGAACAUUUGCAUGUUAGAGGAAUAUUAUAUUAUUUGGCUACAGUUAUCAAGAAGGGCAUAAAAUAUGGACAUUAGGAGGUAUGUCAGUAUAUACUUACUGUAACUAUGGGUGUAGACAGUAGAAUUCCAAAACAUGCAUUUGCAAUUAUUUUUCAGUAAUUUAAUAAUUUGUGAGUAAUUUAAGGUGGUCACAGUAAUAGUAUAGUGAGUGUGAUUCCACUCUCUGCCAAAAAGUGCAAGAUUUUUGGUAAAAUAAUAGUAGGCUGUCUCUUAACAAUAAAAGUCUUCCUGGUAAAGAGCAGUUCAUUGCCUCAUGGCAAAAACACGUGGUCCUUCAUAAAAGAUACAGUUGGGGAGGGUCAACCUUCAAGACCAAUGUGUUGAUCAGAGGUCAACUAUAACCAUUUUAACACCCUCUCUGGAAUUUACCUGUUGAGACAAACACUAUGCAAUGGUGAUCUAAAAAGAGUCUCCUCUGAAAAUCUUUAAGACCUUCCUUAACAAAAGCCAGCAUUUCAUCCCUAAACAUCUAAAGAGGGAGGUACCAACCUAGGAAAAAUAUGGCCAGAGGUGCUUAGUUGGGACCACAAUUAGUGGUUAUCAUAACAUUUAUCAUGACAUGAAUUUUAUCACCUCUUAAUAAAUAUGCCCUAAAACAUCCUAUACAAGUCUGUAGAGAGCUGGAGAGUCUUCUCUAUAAAACUCUAGUAAGCUCAUUCAAUAUGUCCAAAGGAACCAAGAAGUUUUAACUCUUGUAAUAAUAAUAAUAAUAAUAAUUAUCCAUGUUAUGAAAACUUGCAAAGGUUCUCCUCGACCAUCUGGCUCCUUUCAAACUGAUCCACCCUGUAAUUGUCUAGCUUGCUUUUAUAUUAAUAUUUAUUUUUGCUCCUGUACAUCUGCUGAGAAUGUUUUCAUACUGUAGAAGAUGCUGGAUUAUUUUGAUUAAUGCAACAAACUCUGCAAAGAGACAGGGAGAGAACAGAAGAACUACAAGAUCUAUACAUGGAGGACAUUUGAUGGAAUACAAAACCCUAAGACCAGGGUCAUAUGGGCCAUAGCACAGUGUAGCAGAGAACAAUGUAACCAACCCAUCAAUGUGAUUGCUGUAACCACACUGCUGGUACAAUUUCUGAUGAAAUUUGAUGAAAAAAAGCAUUGUGCUCUGGAAAUCUGGGGCUUGGGAGAUUGAGGGAUAAACAAUGAAAUGCUCUCAUUGGUUGACCAAACAUGGAAUAUGCCCUUACUGUCCACAAGCUACUGACACAGAUCACUUUUUGGAAAUAUAUUUUACAGCAUCUGUGCCUUAACAUCACUUCAACAUCAUUUUUGUCUCCUUCAUGCUGCAUCCAUACUAUUUAUUCCAAGAGGUGAUUCUCUACAUGACCAUGCUUGAGAUAUGAGCCAAAUAAGAUGAAACUGAGAUUAAACACUUGCUUAACUCCUGCAACAUGCAAUGAUAUGUACAAAAGCUCUGACUACUUUGAAACAAAUGUAUAGUACCCUAAAGGAUGUUUAGAUGAAACUGUAUGUCAGUUUAAGAGGGAAAUACCCAAAUGAACACAUCCAAAUAGGGCUAUUACAGUAUUUAAAGAUACUGGCAGCUUUUCCCUGGGAACCGAUGGGAAAAAUAGAUGGGAAAUGUAGAGUCACAUGGCGAUUGCAAGAAAAAACAACAUCAUUUUACAACUUGCCCGAGAAACCCAAGAGGAGAGAGCAUCAAAGAAUUAGAUGUAGCUGCUGCCUGGGAUCACAAGAAUUAGACCUUUCUGAGACCCAGAUAUCUGCAUUGGAGCAAAUACAGUUCACAAGACAUUUAUUUGCAGCUGUGAAAUGGAAACUGACGAUUACUCUCCUCUUUAUCUCACCAACUUUUCCACAUCACCGGGAGAAGAAAUGAAAUCUGGUACAAAGAGCUGAUACAACAUAAAUACGGGUGAGGGAUCUUCAAGAAUCAGACGCCACUGAGAUCCAGAGCAGAGACAAAUUCUGCAAAUAUACAGCUAACGGCAGAUUCAUUAGGAUUAAAAAACGUAUCUCUUGUUGCCAGGAUUUGAUUACGUCCAUGGUCGCAUGACUACAGUUAUUAUUACAUAUACUGUACAGUAUCUCUGUUCGGACUCUUGUCAUCUUCCACUCUAUCAUUCUAACCACUUUUCAAGCAGCUCUAUAAUGGAAAUGGAGAAUUACACUUCUGCUCUUCACAUCGACAACUUUUCCACCGCUGUCACUGAGAAUGAACAGACAUUUAGCGACAGCUUGUUGCAAAGGAUUAACAUACAAAUAAUUAACAUAACGAUUUACAGCAUCAUAUCCAUUCUAGGAACUGUGGGCAAUGGGCUGGUCAUCUGGAUUAUCGGAUUCAAAAUGGAAAAGACAGCUACUCUUAUUUGGUUUCUCAACCUCGGCAUUGCAGAUUUUAUGUUCUGCCUCCUUCUCUUUCUCCAUAUCAUACAAAUUGUACAUCCACAUUAUUGGCCCUUUGGUUGGAUAAUGUGCAAGACUUGGAAUUUUAACCUACUGCUAAACCUCUGUGCAAGUGUAUUAUUUUUAAUGAUAAUCAGUGUUGAUCGUUGUAUCUGUGUUCUGUAUCCAAUGUUGGCUAAAAUCCAUAGAACUUCAAGAUUAGCCUCAAUCAUCUCUGUAAUUACCUGGAUCAUAUCCAUGGUUAUUAGCUCUCCGAACAUAGCUUUUCAACAUUACAUAGUACAUGACGACCAGCAUUCUUCCUGUUUUCUUUCCUAUAUACGUUGGGAUAAUGCAUCCACAUUUGACAUUGAGACUUCGAAGCGGAGGCACAGAGCUAUGAUUAUGACCAGAUUUGUGUCUAUGUUUUUGAUCCCUUUUUCCAUCAUCUUGGUUUGCUAUGGGCUCAUUGCAUUGCAGGUGAGAAAAAGCACCAGAAUCGCUGGGUCUGGUCGAACCUUGAAAAUUCUAUUCACAAUUGUCAUUUGCUUCUUUUCUUGCUGGUUUCUUUUUCAUAUUAGGUCUAUGAUUGACUAUGCAGAUAUUUACUUAAGGUAUCCCUCUAGGGUGAUUUUAGAUAACCUUUCAAUCUGCCUGGCUUUCUUUAACAGUUGCCUCAAUCCAAUAAUCUAUGUCUUUAUUGGUCGGGACUUUAAAAAAAGUUUAAGGAAGUCAAUUCCAUUUCUCCUGGAAAACACAUUCAGAGAAGGAAAGGAACUUCCAGAAAUUCUCAGAGAGAGAAAUGACCCUCCUGAAACUCCAAACCAGAAUAUGCUGCGGGCAACUGGGCAUGGAGUAAGAAUUGUUAUGCACAGUAUUGAUCGACCCCCCAGCCUGAGAUCAUCUUCAGGGGCUCGAAAAAAUAAUGAACUUGCAACAAUGGUUUAGUGUGCCUAAAAAAAAAUAUAUUUAUUAUACAGGUAUUGGAUCUGUUUUCUGGAAACCAAUUAUUCAGAAAGCU